AUCAUUUUCACUUGUUCUUUGAAGAGCCUAACCAAAAGUUUUACAAAAUACAUCAAUAUAUCCAAAAUUAUCACCAAAAUAGUGAAAUUUUCUGAUAAUAAUCAACAUCCAUCUUUUAUUUAACAAUAUGGUUGUGGGAAUGGCCGAAAAUUUGAGGAAAGAAUAAAGAAGGAUUGAUUUUUAAGCUUAUGAAGAUCAUUAUUGAUAAGGAGAUCAGGAGGUGGUGGUGUUCGUAGCAUUCAAGGAAGAACUAUCCUUCAGAGACAUAAUUGAAUGAAUGAACUGAGACGCAAUUGAAGGAAUGAACUGCCAAAGCCUUGACGGCGGAGAUCGUUGUGAAGGCGGCGGUGUUGUUGGUCGUGAAGGUGGAUACGGUGGAGGUGGUGGUGGUUACGGAGGUGACAGUCAUGAAGGAGGAUAAGGUGGUGGCCGUCGUGAUGUGGAUAUAGCUGUCCACAUGGUGGUGAUGAUUCAGAAGGAAAGUGGUGAAAAUAUAAAUUCAGGGUAGAAUUGUCGGUAUCAGUUUAACUGGUUUUAAAGCAUUUGAUUGAAAAUAGGACGGGCAUUUAAGAAAUUGGGAUCUCCAUUUGGGGUCGGGUCAAGGACUAGGAAAAAAAGGUCAUUUGAGGCAAACCACUUGAUCUCAUUUUUCAAGUAGAAGACACAGACAAAGCGACACAAAACUAUAAAGCAAAUGUGAGAUACAUGUAUCUAAGGCUCCAAGCUAACCAAAGGUGACACAAAAGAUGCUAUGUGAAGGAAAAGGGUGUUUUCUUGAAGUGGCUGACUUAGACUUUGGUAAGGCUAUCGUGAAAGGACUGAUACAGUACAUGAUAAGAUUCGGACGCACUUUAUAGUCAAAGCUGAGAUCAUUGGAGAUCUUAGAACCGGAGACUGGGUUUGUAUCGUGGGCUAGAUUAAUGGCUUUGUUUAAGAGGCUUUUGACGAAAGCGUGUGAUCAUGGAAUAGACGACCCAAGAAAAAUGUUCCAUUGUCUUAAAGUUGGGGCAGCUUUGACAAUUGUUUCAUUGUUUUACUACAUACGACUUUUGUAUGAUGGUUUUGGUGGCAAUGCUCUUUGGGCUCUUAUGACUGUUGUUGUGGUGUUUGAGUACACUGUUGGUGGAACUCUUUAUAAGAGUUUAAACAGAAUCGGUGCAACUACACUAGCGGGAUUUCUUGCAUUAGGUUCUCAUUGGAUUGCUAGCCAAGCAGGACAUAGAUUUGAACCCGUUAUUAUGGAAAUAUCUCUCUUUGUAAUUGCUUUGGUGACAACCUUAUCUAGAUUUAUUCCCGUAGUGAAAGCUCGGUACGACUAUGGCUGCACCAUAUUCAUUCUCACUUAUGGUCUGGUCUUAGUCUCCGGAUAUCGUGUUGAGAAACUCAUGGACGUGGCCAUGCAAAGACUAUCCACAAUAAUGAUAGGGACCUUUUUGUGCAUUAUCAUUAGCAUUCUCGUGUGUCCCAUUUGGGCUGGCAUAGAGCUCCACCUUCUCAUUGCCUGUAACAUGGAUAAGCUUGCAAAUUCACUAGAAUCCUGUGUAGCUGAAUAUUUCAGUGAUGGUGAUGAAGAAUCCAAGAAGAGACUUCAAGAUUAUCGAUUUGUAUUGAGCUCAAAAGCCUCUGAAGAAUCUAUGGCAGAAUUCGCCAGAUGGGAGCCUGCUCAUGGCCCGUUUGGUUUCAAGCAUCCAUGGAAGAAUUACAUCAAAGUAGGCUCAUCAUUACGCAGUUGUGCUUACUGCAUUGAGACACUCGUUAGUUGUCUGGAUUCUAGACAUCAGGUUCCCGAGACGAUACGGAAUCAUCUUAGAGCAUCAUGUUUAAGUCUAAGCUCAUCGUCAUCAAAUGUUAUAAGAGUACUAUCGACAACUGUAUCUUCAAUGACACGAUCAAACCAAACAGAUAAUGUGAUUAAAGAAAUGAAGGAUGCGGUUCAAGAGUCACAAAAUAACUUAAAAACUUUGUCUGGUAUAUUGAUUCGCUCACACGAGGAGCAGGUCAUGAAGUAUGAGCUGCAAGACAUCAUCCCACUAGUGACUUUCGUUUCCUUGUUGAUUGAAAUUUCUUCAAGGAUAGAAGGAGGCAUUGUGAAAACAGUGGAAGAAUUAGCACACUCAGCUGAAUUUGAGCAGUCCGAAGAUGAAAUGGAUCUCCCAAUGGCUCAUGUUGGCAGCAAGAUUGUCGGUAAAGAAGAAAACAUGAUAGCCCUCCAAAGGGUCUGAAAUACGUUAACUUUUUUUUUAUAUAUAAAUAAACUCAAGGAUCUGUGAGGUUUAGCGGGUUCGUAUGACCGACUAAAUGUUACCUCCCAUAUAUCCCAUCUUUGACGGGAUUGGAUUUUUUGUUGUUGGUUUAGUGGUUGAUAUUGUGAAUGUGUAUAUCAUCUAGGGGAAAUGCACACUACUUUCACUUGUGUUCUAAGGUAAUUUCUUUUUGUACAUUA